AUCUUUAUCUUGGCGGAGAUCGUAGGAAGGCUGGGAAAAAUAAGAGCAUUCCUUGAUCGUACUUCCGAAUUUGAGGGACCGCCAUGCUUGCCAAUCAUAGGCAACGCCCAUAUUUUCAUUGGAGACAGUGAACACAUCAUGAACAAAGUUCUGGAAGCCGACAAAAUUUAUUCGUCACCUUUUCGGGUGUCAAUAGGCAACUUGUUAUUCUUCGUAACAACCGAUCCUGAACAAUUGAAGUUGGCACUUUUCGGCUCGAAGACUGUUGAAAAAGGCAGUUUGUUCGACUUCGCUCGACCCUGGAUCGGUUCAGGAUUAGUGACCGCUCCCUACUCGACAUGGCAGGUGCACCGGAAGCUCAUCCAGCCAACCUUUGGUCCAACAAUUCUGAAGUCUUUUCUCGAAAUAUUUGUCGCCGAAUCGGUGAUGGUGGCGGACCAAAUGGAGUGUGAAUUGAAUGGACCAGAAUUUGAAGUAUCCAAUUACUUUUCGCGGUGCACGAUGGGCAGUCUCUGCAAGACUGUAAUGGGUGUGAAAUUGGAUGCUUAUGCGGGAGAGAAUAAUCCCUACGUCAAGGCAUUCCGCAAAGUAACGGCUGGUAUAGUCCGAAGAGGAUUCAGUCCGUGGAUACACCCGGACUUUAUUUUUUACCGUACGAAACUUGGCAAAGACCAACAGAAAUACAUAAAGUUCAUGCAUGACUUCACCGAAAAGUUAAUCUUGACGAAAAAGAAACAGCUACUCGAGCGUGGUAAUCGGGAAAGCAACGAAGAUGCCGAAGACGAUCGAUAUAAUACGGCGACACGACGCGAAGCAUUCCUGGACCACAUCGUCAAAUUAUCAGAGCACACAAAAAUACUGACCGAUGAAGAGAUUCGUGAUCAGGUCCAUACAUUCAUGGCUACCGGAAGUCUUUCAACGUCCGAUACAAUUGGUUUUGUCAUGUUAAUGUUGGCAUCCCACCCAUGUGUACAGGAAAAAGUUUACGAGGAGCUUUGUGAAAUAUACGGAGACGGUAAUGGCGAUGCACAAUUGAACGUCACUCAAGAAGCGAUGGCACGCAUGACUUACCUGGAACGAGUGAUUAAAGAAACUCUGCGCCUGUUUCCAGCCGUGCCUCUUAUUGUUCGGGAGGUAUCUGAGGACUUGGACAUAGGUGGACGCAGUUUGCCUAAAGGAAGUACAAUGGUACUCAACAUCCUGGGAGUGCAGAGAAGCGAGAAAUACUGGCUCGACCCACUCAAGUUUGAUCCGGAUAGAUUCUUGCCUGAAAAUUUUGCGAAGCAACCGCAAUGCUCGUACAUACCGUUCGGUGGUGGUCCAAGGAAUUGUAUAGCCCAGAAAUAUGCCAUGCUGCUAGCGAAGACACUCGUAGCAACGCUUCUCCGAAGAUAUGUUUUGACCCACGAUAAAAUCGUACAGAUAAAAGAUAUCCGAAUAAAAUUCGAAGUUGUAUUGCUACCAGUAGAGCCAAUCACGAUCGGGAUCAAGAGACGGACGUGAAAAACUGCAUUACUCCAGGACAGUUGCCCUACCACGUAGAAAACUCCGAAUGCCAUGUACAAUCAUUAAAUUUAACGAUGAUUAAAAUUAUACCAUGACCUCAAA